UAGCAAAAAAGCACAACUCCUUUACUGCCCUUUCACGUGUAUCCUAUCCUCAGUACUUCACAUUACCCUCCGAAUAGUUUAACCCCUCUCUCUCUCUCUCCAAUAAAAAUCAGUUGAAGAACUGGGUUCUGCUAUAAAAUGAUUGUAGUAUUUGACAGGAAUUGUAACAGUGCUGGGCCAGAAAUUGAAAUCCAUUUGAUGGGGAGGAAAAGACUAGGUAAAACAGUUGGUUAAAAAUGGCUUUAGAAGCUCUUUCUGCCAACGAGCUUUUCAACUUCAUAAUCUACGAUACUGUCUCUGCAACCCCAUAUAGCAGCCAUGACUCUUCAGAGACCGGUGUUUUAUUGGAGAGUGUAAUGACGCCUCGAAACCAAGGUGGUAUUUUGGAGAACUCUUCAUUGAUGACCCAAAAGCGCCACUCUGGCAGGUCAGACGUUGUCCAACGGAGGCAGAAUUUGGCUGCUCAAGGGAGGAAGAAGAGAAGGAGAAAGCCAAGGGUAUGCAAGAACAAGGAAGAAGCUGAAACACAAAGGAUGACGCACAUUGCUGUAGAAAGAAACCGCCGGAAACAGAUGAAUGAGCACCUCGUCGUCAUGCGUUCCCUCAUGCCUGAAUCCUAUGCCCAAAGGGGUGACCAGGCCUCCAUAGUAGGCGGUGCUAUAGAAUUUGUGAAGGAACUUGAGCAACUCCUGCAAUCCCUUGAAGUUCAGAAACUCCAACGUCCACAGCCAGGAGUAGUUGAAAGCGACCUGAACGAAGACAUGACCACAACCCCCAAGUUCCUCAUGCAGCAGCGACCCCCAUUUGCACAAUUUUUUGUGUAUCCACAGUACACCUGGUCUCAGAUCCCUAACAACUAUGCAUGGAAGACCAAGGCUGCCAUAGCCGAUAUCGAGGUGACUUUGAUCGAAACCCAUGCAAGCCUUCGAAUCCUCUCGCGAAGAAGCCCUAGACAGAUCUCAAAAUUGGUUGCUGGUUUUCAGACACUCUACCUCUCCAUCCUUCACCUUAAUGUGACCACCAUGGAACCUUUGGUCCUCUACUCUAUCAGCGCCAAGGUAGAAGAAGGAUGCCGACUCACUUCAGUAGAUGACAUAGCUGAAGCAGUUCACCACAUGCUUAGAAUAAUUGAGGACGAAACUGCCUUAUGUUGAACAAAUCUAGACUCCUCAUAUAACCUUGGAGUUGAGUUGGAAUCACCGAAAUGCCACCCUGUUUUUCUGUCCCUGUAUUUAGUUUAGCGCGCGCUCUCUCUCUCUCUCUCUCUCUCUCUCUCUCUCUACUUGUUAGGGUAUAUAGAAAGGAACUUCGGUUUAGCUUUUAUUGAAUAUGACAAGUUAAUUUGGAGAAGUGGAGAGAAGUUAAUGUGAUUUAUAGACAAGUUGGUUGUUUUC